AUGAAAAACAUAAUAAAUAGUAGCAUAAUCAGUUUAGAUCCCGGAGGCAAGACUGGAAUUUAUUAUCAAAAUGAAACUUAUGGAGAGAUUAAGGAACUAAUAAAACAAAAACAAAUUCAGAAAGUAAUUUUCGAAGAUACUAAUUAUAUCCACAAAAAAACUAAGGAUGGGUUAAACUUAUUUCGAUUAUUAGGAGCUAUCGAAUGUUUAGCAGUAGCACAAGUAAAAAAAGUAAAUGUUCUAGAAGUAAAAAAACUAACUAAACAAUUACUAGCAGGAGUAAAGAAACUAAAAGAAAUAGAAUAUCAGCAAGGCAGAGAAGAAAGGGAAUUCAAUAAAUUAUUAGAAAAGUUAGAAGACCAAAAUUAUCAAGGAGGGGCUUAUGCUUUACCGGAAAAUCCCACUCCUUUACAAGAAAGUAAAUAUGAACUUUGUCAGAAAAUACUAGAUUACAAGUUAACUAAUCAUUUAAGUACUGAAGAAAUUGCUAAAAGAAUUAAUUUAAGCAAAAUAGAAACCGAGGAAAUUCUUUUUUGCCAAAUUGAAAAGUUUACUUUGGACAGACUUGUUUCUUAUGCUAGUGAAUUAUUUGCUCCCUUAGAAAUAAAAAUCACCAAAGCUGAGGAAAGAAAAUUACAUGCUUAA